CUUCCUCAACCAAAACUACACACUAAAUCCAGGCACUUUUAAACUAAAAUGCCGGCCUGUUGUGUGUCUGGCUGUAAAAGUCGAUAUUCCCCAACCACCAAACUCAGAUUUUACAGGAUACCGUCCGGAUAUCGGCCGUUUCAGGCCAACCGGAGGCGUUUAUGGCUACAAGCACUCCAACAAGUGAACGUUAGCGUCGAGGGGCUCAAAGGAAAUGCUCGUAUUUGUGGCGCUCAUUUCAUAUCAGGGGAGGCGUCCAUGGACCACGACAGUCCUGACUUUGUCCCUUCUGUGUUUACUGUGUCUACUAAACAGAGCCCCAAGAAAAAAUUGAAAAGAUUUUACGGUCGUAGAAGAAAGCGCCACCAUAAAGCCAGUGUGGAAAAAGAAGAAAUAACAACUCCACCUGUAGUUGAUUCUCCUGCGGGCAUCCAGACGUCUGUUUUGAAGGAAACUGAAGAUGAGCUUUCAGAAGAACUACAGACAGCAUCAACCCCCUCAGUGCCAAAGGAAGAGGAAACAUUGAAUGAAGAGGCUGAGGCUGAAACUAGAACCAAAGCAAUCACAUCACAAACAAAAUCCAGCAAAAACAAGUCACCACAAUCACUUAAACUACCAGCAGGCAUCUCAAAACUAGACAAAAUGAGUCCUGUUGUGCUCCUAAAACCCCUAGAUCUACCAGCAGGUCGGUAUCAGUGUGAGCUUGGCAAUCGGAACUUCACCGGUGUAUCUCGGCUCGUAAAACACAAACAGCCGCAUGAAGAACAAAGAGUGCACCAGUGUGUCCACACCGUCCGCAACAAUGACACCUCCUUUCCCUGCAACAUGUGUGAUCGACUUUUCACUACUAGUCAUAACCUCAAGCGUCAUAAGCUGCUGCAUGUCAGAGACGGCAGGAAGUGCAGGAAGUGUGGCGUUCUGUUCUGUCGACGUCACAAACACAUUUUAUUCCUGCCACAUGCCGCGCCUGUAACCGAGUCUGAACAGGAUUCCUCCAUCGAUGAGCUGCAAAAUGUAGGCAGUGAUGUCAUGCCAGAAAACUGUCCGCUGCAGGAGUCUGAGCAGAUACAGACUGAUGACUUGGAUGAUGAUGCUCAGGGCACCAUAACUGAAACGCCUACGCUGACAACUACUGCACCUUUACCGCCCCCAAACCCUGGACCUUUAUCCAAGCCCUCUGAAGCCCCACCUCCAGCCUCAUACACAAAAGUCAUAGUAGAUGUCCCUGUACCAGAGUUUCUGAAACCUUCCUCUGUGCCGUGCCCACCCUCACCUGUACCCAGGGACUCAGAAAACCCAGGUACCUCAUCUCAGUUUAUGACACCCCUGCCUGACAAACCUGCAACCUUCAGUCAGCCCCUUCACCCCCUGAAUCUAGAUCUCCCGUCCUCAUUAAAUAUCUUUUCACCUAAGUUCCUCACCUCAGCACUACUUGAGGUUAAAAGAAAUUAUGAAUAUAUUUUAAACAAACCAAAAGUUGUUAAGAAGGUUAUUGAAGUGAAGGAGGAACCGUGCGAGCUGCCGUUGAUUACUCCAGAUGAGCAAAGUGUUGAGCAAGUCAAAAAGGAAAGAAUUGCUUAUGACCUGGAGAUUGAGAUCUGAUCUGAAUCUAGUCCUCUAAUUUCAGUUCCUCACUUUUAAAAACAGGCAUUGAAUCAGUUUUAUACUUUGUUUAACUACAAUUUGACCUUAUUGUCAGAUUGGCCUGUUUGCCUCAGUCGUAAUGUUUCACAUUCGACUAUUACUUAUACCAAGACUUGGACUUGGCAUCAUAAAGCUAUUAAGCUAUUUCAUCAAACACACUGGUGUGUUUGGUAAAUACUACAACUAAAACGUAACCUAAUUCGGGCUAAUUUGUAAGAAUUUAUUAUUGUGAUAUACUUUUGCUUUUGUAUUGUUCAUGUUUUGUUUAGUGUUCCUAUGAUAUAUGUAUCUGCGAAUGUAUUGCUGCACACUUCUCUACAAUACCUGUUUUCUUUGGCAGUUAGCCCUAACCUUGCUCACAACACUAAUAUAUUUUAAUGGAAGUGACUGAAUUCAUGCUGCUAUUUUUUAUUUAGUGAGAGCUCUGUGAGAUGCUGUCACAUCUUAAUCACAGAUGAGGUGAAAUUUGUUUUACCACUACAGUCUGGCAUUUGUGCUGCAGGCUACAUUCUGUACUUGGCAAUUUGUGGAGAAAUAAUCAGCUUAGUCUGUGAGGAAAUCCACUGUGCUAUAAACAGGAAUAAUAUGGAGAUCAUUAUCCAACAUCAUACCUGAUAACAGAAGUCACUGGAUACACAAAUGCAGCAAUUCCAGUAUUUUGGAUACACAAACUUUACAUUUUUUGAGUGUGUACUAAAAUCUGCUAGUGGUGGAAAUCAGGAUGCCAUGGUGAGAGAUUAAUCUACCAUUCAGACUUUGUUUUCCCAUAACAGCAAGUACCUAACAGACUAAACUGUGAAGAACACUAGUACCCUCCCUGCUGUUUUGUAACAAAGUUUGACCUGCAAGACUCUCGACUCACAUGACUUGUCAAACAUAUUGCCUCAUAUUCACAGUACUGUGUGAAUCACGUUUAAAAACAGUUGUUAACAUAUUAGCCUCCUGUUAAUCUUGUCUGUCAUUUUUUUAAAAAAUCAACUUCUUAUCAGUUUCAGUUAUUACAGUCAAUUGACGACAAUUUCAUUACAAAGUAUUUCCAAAAUAUUUUCUUUGCCUCGUGCUAUAACUACUGUGUAGCAUUGGGGCCUGUCAAGACUAUGAUUAAAGCUGUCCUUUUUAAGUAGAUAAAAUCACAAAUGAUGUGUUGUUGGCCAUGUGCCAUCUGCUAAAUAGAUUCACUAAAAUAGAUGCACUGGAGUUGAGGGAACCUAAAACUGACUAAUUACUUAGUCAUUGCAUUUGCAGAUGUAACUCAACCGCGUCAAAACUACACUGUGUCCAUAUCAGGCUGAUUUUCAACUGGACAAAGGAAAAAAAAAAGAAGAAAUAAACUGUGCAAUGUGUCUAAACUGAAAAAUAGUCUGUACAUAAUCAC